CUUCGCAUCAAAUCAGCUUCUACCUGUAAACUUCGCCGUCGCCGGAUGGAUCGACCACCGUCGUUUCCUAAUCCAAACUUCUUCCACCGACCUCCUCCUCCUCCUCCUCUAAAUUCUAAUCCAAACUUCUUCCACCGAGCUCCUCCUCCUCCUCUGCAAACUCCCAACACUUACUCCAACGCUCCGUCUCCGCCACCGAUUCGCGAGCUCUCCAGUACACUCUCCUCUCUACAGUCUCUAUUAUCGGAAUGUCGACGCACAUUAGAUUCUCUCUCGGAUAAUCUAGCUUUUAAACACUCUUCUCUUCUCCACAAGGACUGUUUCGUUCGGUGUCCUUUUGAUCCAAAUCACCUUAUGCCACCAGAAGCUCUCUUCCUCCAUUCACUUCGUUGCCCAAAGCCUCUCGAUCUCACUCACCUACUUGGAUCCUUUAGUAGCUACAGAAACACGCUCGAGUUACCGUGUGAACCGGAGCCGAAUAACGGCGACGGUGACCUCUGUUUCUGCUUAGAUGACGUCACAGAUUUCGGGAACAAUUUCUUUUACAAUGAUUGCCCUGGAGCUGUUAACUUCUCUGAGCUUGAUGCUAAAACGCUACGUUUUACACUUCCUAGUGUUCUAUCCGUGGAAUGCUGCGAGUUUGUAGGUUCUCCUGUGUUGGAGAAAUCGUUAGGGCUCUUGCCGUCUGAUGUUUGCGCGAUAAAACGUGAGAUUGGAGGAUGGAGUGAUUACCCAAGUUUUUAUUCCUAUAGUGUUCUAUGUUCGAUUCUUGGUUCAGAAGUGGUUGAAAUGAGUGAGUUAAGGACAUGGAUUCUGGUGAAUUCAACGAGAUACGGUGUUAUAAUCGAUACAUACAUGAGGGAUCAUGUUCUAUUGCUGUUUAGGUUGUCUAUGAAAGCGGUUGUUAAGGAAGCUUGUGGGUUUAUGAGAGAGUAUGAUCACAAUGCCGCUGGUGAGCAGAGCUGCAAAAGCAGAACAUUCCAGUGUCCAGUUGUGUUUCGAGUGUUGUCUUGGUUAGCUUCUCAGCUUGGCGUGUUGUAUGGGGAAGGAAAUGGGAAGUAUUUUGCUCUGGACAUGUUGAAACACUGCAUUGAAGUAUCUGCCUCUCAUAUUAUGUUGUUUCGGUCACCUGACUCCGCUGGUGUUCUCAAAGAUUUGGAUGAUGCAAACUUCAGUAAUGAGGAUGUGAAGACUGGUAAAACUUUGGACAGUGGUCAGGUGAUAUCUGUGUCCCGUGUGGCAGCAGCUGUUGCAGCGUUGUAUGAAAGAUCCAUGCUUGAAGGAAAAAUAAGAGCAAUUCGAUAUGCACAACCACUAACAAGAUAUCAGCGGGUAGCUGAGCAUGGUGUUUUGACAGCUAAAGCUGUUGAGGAACGGAAAGGACGUCCUAGCUACCGACCUAUUAUUGAUCACGAUGGUCUUCCCAGACAACGCUUAUCAAAUGAGGAUAUGAAUAAAAUGAAGACAAGAGAAGAGCUAUUAGCUGAAGAGAGAGACUACAAGCGUCGAAGAAUGUCAUACCGUGGUAAAAAGGUGAAACGAACUCCUCGACAGGUGUUGAGUGAUAUGAUAGAAGAAUUUACAGAAGAAGUUAAGUUAGCAGGAGGUAUCGGAUGUUUUGAGAAGGGAAUACCAUUACACUCCUCAUCUUCUAUAAGCAAGGAUCAUAAAGAAAUCGACUCUGAAUACAAUUCUGUAUCCACAGCAUUAACAGACGCAUCACCAAGAUCCUAUAAGCAAUGGAAAGGAGAGAAUCAUGCAGAUAGCGAGUAUUCAACGGAUAUUAGAACCAAUACAGAUAAGAGAAACCGGUAUGAGGAAUAUGAUUCAGGCAGCUCGGAGAGACAACAGAGUCACAGAUCAUACAAGCGCAGUGAUCGAAGAGAUGAUGAAUUCAAAAGGACCAAACGACGUAGCCACGAAAGGGAAUCUUAUCAUCAAAACCACAGAUCGUCCCAUGAAAAGAGUUCUUCAGAUUACAAGACCAAAAGGGAUGAUCGUUAUGACAGCCGCCGCAUAAAAGUUUUCACGGAGCAUCUGGCAGUAUCCUCUUUUGUAUCCUUUACCAUGCUUUUUUUUACAUUAAAAACAAUACUCUGUUCGUAUUCAGUUCUUAAUUUUUAUGGAAAUACAUGAGCAUUAGGUCACGUGUGAUACAAGAAAGAAAAAUACCUAUGAAACCAAAGACAUGACCCUUUUGAAACUCCGGUGACGAAGACAAUUACCAGAGCCAUUACCCAUCUCAGAAGAGCAAGUACCUGUUCACAAAAGAUCUCUGUUUCUUCAUGGCCGGUGUUUUCCUUUCCAAUUCGGAAGAAACCGUCUGAAACGGCUACAGGACGUAGCUCCAGCGUUAUCAGAAACCGCCAGAGGCGAGAACACAAAACUCGGAGAUUCCUGUGAACUUUAAUCUCUUCCUCUGUUUCCCAUUUCAGACGGCGACCUUGAUCUCGAAUACAUCUCUCUGAGCGGCACACGACUGGUUAGUAUUCGUUAGAUUCCGCCUUUGUUUAAAAUAAAAAAGAAUUGUUACUGUGUGUUUAUCAUCUUGUUCCAACAUUGUUUCGUUGAGUUUUUCUCUAUAUCAUUCUUUAUUUCUCA